GCAAUCACUUCACAAUGCACAUAGGAGUCAAAAUAUUGUCCAUCUCCAGUGUUCCAUUGCUUUUUGUCUUGAAAUGGUUUUGGGGUGAUUUUACUGUUACUGUACAUGUUAAUCCUGCAGUUGUCUUGGUUGGGCAAGCUGUGACAUUGUCCUGCCAUCUCAUAGGCCAGAUCCCCGCUAACAUUCAAGUGCAUUGGUACAAAUUGGAAAGGAACAAAAAUACGACAUUAUAUUUUUACAAUAGCACAGAAAAAGAGACUGAGUUGGGCUUGGCUGAGGACCAGCAUAGGAUCAAAGGACGAUAUAGGAAUGGAGUCGCUAGGGUGAAGCUCUUUCCAGUGCAAGUAGAAGAUAAUGGGCAGUAUGUGUGUGCCGUGACAAGCGAUGGUGUCUAUCAAGAAGCUAUCAUCCAGGUGACUGUUCCAGGUUUUGGAUCUGCACCUCGCGUAACUAUAGAACAUCAGCAGAAUAAUUCAACCACUCUGAGAUGUGCGUCCCAAGGGUGGUACCCACAGCCUGAAGUACGCUGGACGGACAGCACAGGACAAAAAAUAACUGUUAUGGCUGAAACAAGAAUCCAGAAAGAUGUGACAGAGCUGUAUCAAAUCCAUAGUACACUCAGGGUAGCAGAUACUGCUACUGACACCAUCUCAUGCACUAUAAUAAACCCCUUGCUGAAGAGGCACCGCAAAACAGUUAUUGCAAUUUCAG